AUGACGCAGCUGUCUGCAUCGGUCCAGGAGGCGUACAGCAAUAGGUUGAGUAUCCCGAACACGAGCUCCGAGGUGCAUCACCACCAACACAUUGGUCUACCAGACGAUAUCUUGAAAUUUCAAGCCAAGGACAUGAGUGUUCUUCAAACACAAUUGAGAAGUUACAGAGACCCUACAAAACGUCAUGCUACGGCAUGCAAAUAUCUUUUGAUCCGGAUUAACACCACUAAAGUCGAUAUCGAUAUGGAAGUCCCAGGCAUCCUCCGAGGAACGGACUCUCUGCUAGAGCGAUUCGCAUGUUCAUUAAGAGCUUCUACUGGCCCAGACAAGCCGUAUUGGUUUUCCGUUGAAGAUUUGGAGUCUCUCUACCAGCUACCGUUGGUUCAUGCACGACAAAGGACAAGUCGCAUCCUCACAACAUAUCGUCAUCGGUGCACCGGUCCAGACGCCAACACCAACGAAGACCAGUAUGUUCUGCUAUCGGGCGUCUCGCAGUCAGCAACCGUCCGUGUCACUGGUGUAGGAGGUCCAACAGCUGGCGCCUACGAAACGAUCACUACCAGCCUCACUUAUACCUCCCAUGCCGAGAACGACCUCAUCUACAUCGUUUAA